AUGGGUUCCAAUGCACGAGAUAUUGUAGAACUUACCAAUGAGGUCCUAUCGAUUAGUAUUACAGAGAAGAAAUCAAUUAUAGACUCUAAUACAAUUAGAUCCGCUCUUCAUAGACAAACUUGGGAUUUGCGAUCCCAGAUGAAGAAGAUAUCAUGUAACGAAGAGGAUUCUUAUUUGUACAAAUGGUACUUCGAGCUUGGAACAAGCAUGAAGAGAUUAACGAUACUUCUUUAUCUUUUAAGUUGUUCUGCCAGAUCGAUCGUUCAAGAUCCUUGGUCUUUAUCUGGACCCGACAAAAAAAAUGGGAUCACUUCUUAUGGACUCGUUGAGAAUGAUUCUGAUCUAGUUCAUGGCCUAUUAAAAGUAGAAGGCGCUCUAGUGGGAUCUUCACGGACAGAAAAAAAUUUGCAGUCAGUUUGA